AAUGGAGAUUUCGUCUCGAAAGAAUUUCCCGAGGGAAAGAUAUUCAAGAUUAACUUGGCUUAACAACAAGUAAUGUAACCCUCUUCAGCCAUCAAAUCCAUCAACAGCUGCCCUUAUCAGACCACAGAUGCCCUCUGGCGAUCCAAAUGUUACGAAGUGUUACGCAACGCGGCCUGCUUCCCUAAGCUCUCCAAACACUUGGUCGUAAAAAAAGGCUUUGAAGCCAUGCGUUGCACCGAGAAAAUGACGUUAUACUCAUUGAAGAUGUAUUAGCUAUAACAUAUAAAAUACGAAAAUCGACAACUUAUGGCACAAUGCAACCUUCUAUUGGUUAUCAAAUGCUUUCGCUGUGCUCGGAUAACUCUACUGAAGACGAAGCCAUCUGAACCAGCGAAAUCGACCAAGGAAAUCGUGAGUUAGAGUGAAUGGUUGCAAUGUCUGGAUCUCACCACUGUUCUGCCCUCCAGGGGCUGUGCAGACUUUGUGGAGACGUCAUCACCGAAAGAAGUGUCAAGAAGGAGAAACUUGCUAAAGUCAUCAAUAGGGCAUUAUCUCUGGACAUCAGCAUUGACGAUGAUGACAUUCAUCCACCUUCUGUAUGCUACUUGUGUGACCGCAAACUAGGGCGCUGGAGAACAUGGAAGUCGCGUAAAGCAGGCACGGGGAGAAAUAAGCGAGGGGGUGAUGUUGGAAUACAGAUUAGGAAUUUUGAACCACAUGUUGAUGACUGCUGUAUUUGCACUGCGCCACAGGAACAGGAACCUGAACCCUCCCUGCUGCAGACAUGUGAGAGAAUUGGAAGAGAGCAUGACAUGGUAGUGCAACGAAGAGCAGGAAAAGUCCUUCUCAUCACUCUUGAUGAACAUGGAAGUUCUGCCCAGUGUUUGUCUGUCUGUGAGUCAGGACUUUGGACUUUACGAGUCUAUAGCAAACUUGUUUCCAAGGAGCAUACACAUUUGAAGGAUUUGGAUAUCCUUGUCACGGUAGAAUCUGUAAUGGCAGUAAUAGAAGCGGUAUCCAAGUCACACAUAUGCCCUGGAAAUCCUGAAUAUGUUGUCUCAGAAUCUUCUAUCAUGCAACGUCCCAUCUACAUCCAUAGAAUGCCAGAUCCAACCAAAGACACAAUGAGACACACAAGUUGCCCAUUGGUCACCACCAGUGAUGGAAGGUGUCCUACAUGUUCCAUCUAUCGUACUGACUUAGCCAAAUUGUAUAAGACUUGUGAGGCCAUGAAUUCCCCAGCACUCAAAGGAAACCAUCGUUACAUGAGAAAGGAAAAGCUCAGCAAACGUCUUAAAACAGAGAAAACAAACAAAAAAACUCUGAAUCAAAAGCUAAAGAGGCUCAAGGCACAAGUGAAAAAAAAGUUCAAUGAAGAGGCGAAGUCAGUUACUGAGCUGGAAAGUAAAUCAUUUGCCCAAGUUCUUCAGCAGGAGGAGAAUAGCAUUGCAAAAGAGUUCCCUGACAAAUCACCACAGCAACUCUUGUGGCAAGAACAGUUAAGAAGGCUGAACAGAAAAGGGACGGGUAUGAGAUGGCAUCCAGCAAUUCUGCGAUUAUGUAUUGCCCUUCAUGCAAAGUCAGCAGCAGCAUAUAAUGUUUUGCGAGAUUCCGGAUUUUUGACCUUGCCUCAUCAGACAACUCUCUUCCAAUACACCCACUUCACAGACAAUCCACCAGGACUGAAUGCCCAGUUUUUUCAGCGGGUCUGCAGUGACAUUAAGUUUAGUUCAUUGCAGCAGCAUGAAAAAAAUAUAAUGUUAUCGAUAGAUGAAAUAAAGGUCAGUGAAGGACUGGUAUUUUCUCAAUCAACUGGAGAAAUUGUGGGAUUUACAAGUCUGGGAACUCUUAACGAUGAACUGCAGAAGUAUGCAAGGGAUUGCGAAGGUGCCAAAGAGCCCAAGAUGGCAAGCCACAUCCUCACUGUCAUGAUCCGAGCAAUUUGCGCCUCAUAUCGAAGUCCAAUUGCAUAUUUCGCUACAUUGGGAGCCACAAGCGACCAAUUAUACUGGAUUGUCACGGAAUCUAUCGAGUAUCUGACUCAUCAAGGAUUUUGUGUGCGGGGCAUUGUAAGCGAUGGUGCUGCUCCCAAUCGUGGUCUUUACAAGAUCUUGACAGAAGGAAUUUCGGAUAACUUUUUCUUCAACUCGAUUACAGACGACAGGAUUUAUCUUUUUGGUGAUGUACCACACUUGAUAAAAACCAUUCGGAACAACUUUGAAAACUCUGGUUUCAACCACAAGACAAAGAAUUUGAAGUUCCGAGGAUUAGACAUCUCUUGGAAACACAUAUUGGAUGUGUACGAGUGGGAUUUUAGCAGUCCAUCAAGUCUUCGCAUGCUACAUAAGCUGACAGAAGAACAUCUUCAUCUAACACCAGCACUGAGAAUGAAAGUAAAACUGGCAGCUCAGGUUUUGAGCAGUACUGUUGCUAAUGCACUGAAAGUGCAAGGUCUUCCAGAAACAGCUAGCACCAUCAGGUUCAUCGAGUAUGUAGACACCUUCUUUGACUGUUUGAAUGUGUCGACCCGUUUCGGUGGACAAAGGAAACGGAAAGAUACCCUUUUCCCCUACAGCGAUCAGAAUGAUUGGCGUUUCACGUGGUUGACGGAAGAUUUGUUAUCCUAUCUUGAUGAAUGGGAAUCAGAAGGCCUCAUCCUUCCUAUCACAGCACGUGAUCGGGAACGACUGAUUCUAAGCAAACAGACAUUACAAGGAAUUCGUAUGACAGUGAAUUCAUUUGUGAGCUUGUGCCGAGAGCUCUUAGCAGAAGAAGGAGUGCAGUUUGUGCUCAGUGACAAGUUUAAUCAGGACCCUCUUGAGGAGUACUUUGUGAAGCAGCGCUCUAUUGGGCGUUCAAAUGAGAACCCAACCGUCUCUCAGUUUGGGAAUAACAUGCUGUCUAUUCAUGUUGCUGGAAUGAGUCUGCGUGCAUCAAAGAGGGCCAAUGUUACCAGAGAGAGCGGUGGCGAGACCUCCAUUGAUUGUACUCCAAUACCAAGAAAAAAACUCUUCAAACGUUAAAGUUGGAACAACAUCUUUACAGGGGAAGUUGAAUUCUGGGAAGGGUCAGGAAAUUGCCCAAUUAAUCUUUAAACAAAUUUGUAAUUUUAAAGAGACAUGAAAUAUUAUAACUAUCUUGAAAAUUUCAACUUACUGCUGUAGUUUCUCAAAACAAAGAACAGAAUAAGGAGAUAAUGAUGAAAUGUUUUUUAUGGCUAAAGACCAGGUUUUCAGCAACUUUACGUUGAAUUGUUUUGAUAGGGUAUCUAAAAUAGUAAACGAUAAUCAAUCAUGUUGCCAUCUUACUUGAGUCAAAUAUCAUGAUUAGAUUUUUUUGAACUUUUUGACCCUUGCUAAAACUCCUCUCUCCGUUUAAAGCCCCUCUGAAGUGUUCAGACUUCAGAGACAAACAAAUGUGUUUGAAAAGGAUAAAUAACAAAAAACUACAAAAUUUGAACUGUUUACUAUACAGUGAAUAUUCUAUUUCGUAUUGAAAAUCCUUGAAAAAGGUAGUGUUAAAUGACUUCCUUUUUUAACCCUAUUAUACACUUUAAAGGUAAAGACCAGUUCUGGUCACUCAAUUGCAUUGUGAAAGAAACGUUGUGGAAUCGAUCAAAAAAGGUUAAUCAUCUAGGUUCU